AUGGCCAUGGCUUCUGACACACCGAACUGGACAGUCCCACACCCCUGGCGACAGCUGCCAGAGAUUCAGGUUGCGCCCACAAGCGCUCAAUGGCAUGCUCGCUGUCGCAGGGUGCCAGAUGACCAGGACACGCUGUACGAGAGCCGCGAGGGGGAGUUUGUCAGCAACCGUGGAGAUCAAACGGGUCUCUACGGUUCCCAGGAGUUUCCUUACAGUUUCAGCCUUCCUGAGCUUUUUGCCUCUCCAAAUUUUGACAUCAUGUCGGCCACAGGAACCGUGAUGAAGGUGUCUGGCCCUUUGGUGGUCGCCGAAAACAUGUCCGGCACCAAGAUGUACGAGGUGGUCCGAGUGGGCAAGGACCGCCUGGUGGGUGAGAUCAUCCGUCUCGAGGGUGACACCGCGAGUAUCCAGGUGUACGAGGAUACCUCCGGCCUGACAGUUGGUGAUCCACUGGUGAAGACGGGACUGCCACUUUCAUUGGAACUGGGCCCUGGAAUCCUUGAUGGAAUCUACGAUGGUAUCCAGCGACCACUGGAGCGAAUUCAGCAAAUGGCGCAAAGCGUCUUCGUCCCGCGAGGGGUCGACGUGCCAAACCUGGAUCGCGAGAAGCAGUGGGAGUACACGCCAGAGAACAAUGUCAAGGUGGGCGACCUCGUCACCGGAGGUGAUGUUGUUGGCGUUGUUCGCGAGAAUGGGCUCUUCAAGAGACACCUCAUCAUGAUUCCGCCUGGCGUCAAGGGACGUGUUACGAAGGUGAUGCCGGCUGGCAAGUACACUGUCGAAACUGCGGUAGUAGAAGUAGAGGAGGGUGGGAAACAGAUGAAGGUCGAGCUGUUCCAGAGAUGGCCAGUGCGAGAGGCACGACCUGUUGUGGAGAAGCUCCAGGGUAAGGAAGCCCUGCUUACUUGCGAGCGAGUCAUUGAUGCCCUUUUCCCCGUUACCCUGGGCGGUACGGCCGCAGUGCCGGGAGCCUUCGGGUGCGGGAAGACAGUCAUCUCACAGGCAUUGUCGAAGUACUCCAAUGCAGACUGCGUGGUGUACGUCGGAUGUGGUGAGCGCGGCAAUGAGAUGGCAGAAGUGCUCACGGAUUUCCCGGAGCUGACGACCAUGAUUGAUGGCAAGGAAGAGCCAAUCAUGCAGCGAACCACUCUGGUGGCGAACACCUCGAACAUGCCAGUGGCUGCGCGAGAAGCAUCCAUUUACACAGGUGUGACCACGGCGGAAUACUUCCGAGAUAUGGGCUACAACGUUGCUAUGAUGGCUGACAGCACUAGCCGAUGGGCCGAAGCUCUUCGAGAAAUUUCUGGACGACUGGCAGAGAUGCCGGCAGAUGCUGGCUACCCUGCUUAUCUAGGAGCACGCCUGGCCUCCUUCUACGAGCGAAGUGGCCGCGUCCAGUGCCUCGGCAACCCGCCGCGCGAGGGUUCCAUUACCAUCGUCGGUGCCGUGUCCCCUCCAGGUGGCGACUUCACGGACCCUGUGACGUCAGCCACACUGAGUAUCGUGCAGGUGUUCUGGGGCCUUGACAAGAAGCUGGCUCAGCGAAAACAUUUCCCAGCAGUGAACUGGAACAUCUCUUUCUCCAAGUAUAUCCGUGUCUUGGAGCCGUAUUUCGAGAAAUACGACACGGAGUACAGCAUGCUCCAGCAGAAGAUGAAGGAAAUCUUGCAGAAGGAGGACGAUCUGCAGGAAAUCGUGCAGCUGGUUGGAAAGGACUCUCUCUCCGAAGAUCAGAAGUGCACUCUCGAAGUUGCAAAGAUCAUCCGCGAGGACUUCCUGCAGCAGAACGGCUUCACCGACUACGACUUCAUGAGCCCGCUGGCCAAGACCAUUGGCAUGAUGAAGGUCAUUGUUGGCUUCCACGAAGCUGCCCAGAAAAUGAUGGCGGAGUAUUCCGGUGAGCACAAGGUGGGUUGGAACACCAUCGCGGUGGCCAUGAAGGACAUGAUCAAAAAGAUCACAGACAUGAAGUUCGAGAUGCCCCGCCAGUCUGAGGAGCACUUCAAGCGCACCUUCGUGAGCUUGCACGACGAGGUGCUGGCUGCCUUCCGGACAUUGGCCGAGGUUCUGCCUACCAGGCAGUGCUUCGCCUUUGCGCCAGUGUGUGGCCCCGCGCAGUCAGCUCCAGAGGGCUUCCGCCUGGCGCAGCAGGUAUCGCACACGAUAGUCCUGCGCCUCGACGCUGAGCAGGCAUUCUUCUCGCUUCGACUUGGACACGCAGGAGCUUUCUUGCGGCAAUACUGGCACUUUCAAUGCUGGAUGUUGCUUCAUCACCUCCUCUCCAUGUUAAUGUCUGUGCUGACAACGCUGUGGACCCUCGCCUGGCGUCGUGGUUCAGUCGCUCCAGCUAUCGCACGGCCUGAGCGGACAGGAAGCAUCCCAAGCCUUCGGCCAGCUCUGACUUGGCAUCCAGAUGCCGCCUGCUUGGCCUCAAUUUCGCCCGCGGGGCACGUCGCGGUUCACAGCCUGGUCGGCGAAUCCACAGAGCAUCUUCAUGUGCAAGGAGAUGGUGUGUGGCCAGUCGCCGCUGCCGCUUGGCAACCCUGCGACCUGACCAGCCUGGCUGUGGCUGGACCUUUGGGUCUCUGCUUCUGGCGCCGCAAAGGCAGCUGGCAGCGAAUAUGGUCGCUGCAGGGAGAGGCCUUUGCCUCCUCGGCCCUGGAUUGGUCUCCGGACGGCCGAGCACUGGCAGCCACUGGCCCGCUGGGUGUUGUUCAUAUACUUGGACCACACAGCGCACUUGUCGGUGAGCAGGUGCUUCCGGGUCAGUUCAUGCGCCUGCAACGAUGGUGCAGUGGAGGCCUGGCGAGGUGCCUUGCAUGGUCUCCAGACGCCUCGCUGUUGGCAGUGCUACACUGCCAAGGAGACAGGGAGCCCUGCGUCCGGCUUUGGAGCACUCGAACUUGGGAGGUCGCAGCUGUGAUUGGCCUGGGCGCGCCGCUUGCAGGCCCUGAACUAGGUAUGUCGCUCGACUGGAUGAGCUCCGAGCUCCUUCUGGCCACCGGAUCGGCAUUCCUCGUUGAAGUCGCAGUUCGAGGCGGGGCUGCGGCCAGCAUCGGUGCAGCGCGGCUUGGCGAGGACACCAGCGUCUUUGCAGCCGGCGUCGAGCCAGGGGUCCGCGUUGUAUCACUUCCCGGGCAGGAAGCACGGAGAGUGCUUCAAGUGAGCGUCUGCCCGCGCUCGGCGCAACGCCUGGCCGUGCGCCUGGAAGGUUGCAGGGAGGUGCUGGUUUAUGAGCAUCCAACCUGUGGUCUGGCCGGCUGGUCGCAUCGAGAGCUUAGCCCUUGCGGCGUGCUGGCAGCGGAGGGUGCGGCACCUGCUGCGCUUGCCUUCGCAGCGCAUGCAGCACAGAGAAGUGGAGCAGAAGGCUCUCUGCUUGCUGUGUACUGGCAGCUGGACAACGGCCGACACGAGGUGCGAACCUACCCUAUGCACUUCAUCCCGGCGCAGGUCUUGCAGAACAGUGCGGCCACGAACAUGCUCUUCUGA